UGCCGAUAGUAGUUUCCUCGCAAAUGUUUUGUCGUGUUUGGGUGAACCGAAGUGGACAGAGGUUCAAAAGUAGUGUGAUCUACUUAGUAAAAAAUAUGACCAAGUGUCGAUUAGGCUGAGGUAGUCUAAAGUUAUUUGGAUUUGAACUUAGUUUAACCUCACCCGAAACCAACCCACCAAACCCAGUUUUGGAAGGGGAAAACGCAGGCUGCAGGAAGAGAGUAGAGUGCGAGGGAGGGAACGAAAGACAAAGAAAGGGAGACGGAGAAUGAAAGAGUGAGUGAGAAAGGGGGCACGGGAGAGAGCAGGGCUGCAGGAAGGACGAAGGAGCUUUUGUUUAGGUGUUUAGCUAAACAUUAAAGCGGAUAGGCGUUCGAGGCCAGGCAGCACGCAUUGCUUGAAACUGACUUAUUUGAGCAACUCAGGCAUUUUUUCAGCGAUGGUGGAGAAACCAGAGCCCUAUGGUGCAGAAAAUUGUGAAAGAAAUAGUUGACUCCAGACAACUUGAAUUUAUUGAAAGCUCCGGACACCAACAUUCCUGUUUAUGCCACAAUAUGUUUAUGAUCCAUCAAUGGCGUGAUUCGAUAAAUGGAGAUAGCAUUGGUGGUGCAUGGCAAAUCGAUUUAUCUACACUUUCUGUCGCCUCUCCUUCCUCCUUCACCGGCCUCCUUCUUCCUUGCCAAGGGUUGUCCUUCAACAUUCACCGGUCACUCCUUUCUACUCGUUCUAUCCACGGAAAAUUUCAUUGGGCUUUAGUCCUAUGAGCUACAGUUCGGUUAAUGUGGUGCUUACUGAAGGGACACCGAAGUUUGUAGUGCAAGAAGCUGAGAUACCCAAGAAGGAGAAAUGGAGGACAAAGAAGAGGUUGAAAAUGCAAAGAAUGAGGGAAAAGAGGAAGAGAAAGUUGGCUAGCAAGACAGACCCACGUCGACUCACAAUCAAAGGAAAGAAGCAGAGGUUUCCAAAUGCGGAAGCAAGAAUCAGAUACAAAAUAGAGAAGGCCAAACUCAAGGAGGCCAUGCUCAUUGAGAAGUUGAAAAAAUAUGAUGUGCCUAAGCUUGAAGGACCAACAGCGGAACCUGAAAAACUAACUGGCGAGGAGUGUUUUUAUUUGAAGAAAAUGGCUCAAAAACAGUCCAAUUAUGUCCAAGUUGGUAGGAGAGGUGUGUUUGGUGGGGUCAUUCUUAACAUGCAUUUACAUUGGAAGAAGCAUGAAACCUGUAAGGUCAUCUGUAAACCAUGCAAACCUGGUCAGAUACUUUCAUAUGCAGAAGAGAUAGCCAGAUUAAGUGGUGGUAUAGCAAUCCAAAUUAUUGGAAAUGAUACAAUUGUAUUUUAUCGUGGGAAGAAUUAUUGCCAACCAGAGGUUAUGUCACCUAUCGACACACUUUCGAAGAAAAAGGCAUUGGAAAAAUCAAAGUACGAGCAAUCCCUCGAAUCAGUACGACGCUUUAUUGCCAUCUCGGAGAAAGAGCUAGAACUUUAUUAUCGACAUGUUGCACUUUAUGGCAAUCCCUCUUGCCGUGAUUCCAUCUCUAGAUAUGUGCUCCAAAAUAACUGCAAUGGACGAGAGAGUCUUCAAUGUUCUAACGCUAGAACAGUUAAGUCAAUGGGUGACAUUAGAUGUGGACACUCAGACAGAGAAACCGAUGCGGAAGUUGAAGAUUCAUAGGUUUUAUGAAUAAAAAGUUCCCUGGAUAUUGUUUCUCUCAACCUUUCAAAUUUAUUUGAUUAAGAGCCCUUAUUUAAUUAUCUUUGCACUCUUUGGCUUUUAUUGAACAAUAUGUUGAUUCAGUGACAUCUAAAUUAUUUAUGGAUCAGGUAAAGUUGAUUGAAAAUUUUAACUCUCUAA